AUGGAAGAAAUUAUAGCCAAGCAGAAUAAUGACCUAAGUGAGCAGGAAAUAGAAAACGAGGAAACACAAGAUGAAACACAAGAUGAAGCACAAGAUGGAGCACCCGAGCAAACCCUUCAUGAAGCAGAGGUUGAAGAUCUCGAAAAACGCAUGGAAACUAUUGAUAUAGGAGAAAAAGAAGAGCAUGAAAAAAAUAUUUCAGAACUAAAAUUAAAACUUGAAGAACAAGCAAAAGAAAAUGCAGAAAUUGAGGCAAAACUCGAGGCAGCUGCCACACGGAGAAAAGAGCUUGAAGAACAAUUGCAAAAGAAAUAUGAAGCAAGGGAAAGGGAAAAUGCGGAAAUCAAAGCAAAACUCGAGGCGGCCACUAAAAGAAGAAAGGAACUCGAAGCAUUAUUGAAGGAAACAAAAUUACAAAGUGUAGAAAAUCAGGAUGAAUAA